AUGGUCUCUCGCGCCACCACAUCCUCCGAAGUUUGGGAAACGUUGGCACUCACCUAUUCCAAACCAAGUAGAGGUCAUGUGAAACAGUUGAAAACUCAACUCAAAAAUUGGCGCAGAGACACAAAAACCAUUGAUGCUUACAUCCAAGGCAUUACCACUCGGCUCGACCAGCUUGCUAUUCUUGGUAAAGCGGUAGAGCAUGAAGACCAGAUCGACCUUAUUCUCGAUGUUCUGACAGAAGACUACAAAUCAGUUAUUGAUCAAGUGGAGGGCAGAGAUACUCCACCUACAAUAACAGAGCUCCAUGAACGCCUUUUCAACCAUGAGGCUAAGCUUCUUUCCGCCGCAGAUUCCGCUGUGUCGCCGCACCUACCUAUCAAUGCAAACGUGGCUCAACAACACCGCAGUCACUCCAACAACUGCAAAAAACAAUCGAAACAAAGGCAACUCCUCCAACAAUUGGCAGCAGACAUCACAGUCCAAUUGGCAGCAAUCGCAGAACAGGGCAGACUCGCAUGGUCCAAGACCAUAUCUUGGACGGUGUCAGAUCUGUGGAGUACAAGGACAUGGUGCAAAACAGUGUCCAAGGCUGUCGAGUUUUCAACAAACCAUCACUGUCUCUCCACAACAAACCCCAUUCACACCAUGGCAGCCAAGAGCAAAUAUUGCCGUCAAUUCACCUUACUCAGCCAACAGUUGGCUCCUCAACAGUGGCGCGACACACCACAUGACGUCCGACCUACACAAUCUAUCACUACAUCAGCCGUAUCAUGGUCAAGACGAUGUGAUCACAGUUGA